GGUCACAUCAACCAAAUAGUUACAUUUCUAAUAAUUUUUAAUUGUUUUGUACUUGCAAAUUUCUAAAUUCUAGUAUUUGAAAAUUUGAAACAAAUACGGGACGAGAAACUAGUAUAACACGAAUAAGGAGUAGUUGUGCCCAGCGCUAGCCGCCGUAUAACACAAAGUUCAAGUCUCGUCGUAUAACAAGAUAAAAUGAAUCGUAUUCAUUUGUGUCAAACUUUCCAUAAAUAGUAAAUAUCUAACGAACUUUGAUAAUCUUUCUUGCGCUCUCUAACGCCGACGAGCCACCGCGAAAACAUCAACGACUCAAUGCCGCCGCCGUCGUUUUCCUCACUUCCCAUAGACAUCGUCUUGGAAAUCUUAGCUCGCGUGCCGAAACGCUUUCACCCGACCCUCUCUUGCGUCUCCAAGAACUUCCGCCGUCUUCUUCGUUCCCCGGAGAUACACAAGACUCGCUCUCUCCUCCGCAAAGACUCACUCUUCAUCUGCUUCGUCGGCAAAACGGAUGCGCAAUGGUUCACACUCCGAAGAGCUGAGAACAACAACCCGACGACAGAGAAGAACCGCUUCGUCUCCAUCGACCUCGCGUCUCCUUCUCAGACCGAGCAAGAACCCUGCGUCGUCGCCAUAGGCCCGGAGAUUUUCUUUAUCUGCGGAUCGUUCUAUCCUUCGUCAACCAUGUGGAUUCUUGAUUCAAGAACCGGGACGUUUCGCCAAGGACCUAGCUCGAGAGCUGAUAGGUUAUGCAGAAGCGUGGGUGUAGUCGGGAACAAGGUGUACGUGAUCGGGAUCUAUAGAGACGCCGACGAGAUGCACGUGGAGUCAUUUGACGUGAAGACGCAGACAUCGGAACUAGCGCCGGUUCCUGAGGAUCAAGGCUGGUGGUGGAGUUCGGCCCCAACUGUGUCGUGGAACAGGAAAGUUUGUGCGUUACGUGUUUCUGGCAAUGCUAGGUGCUACGAUCCUAUAGACGGGUCUUGUGAGAGUUUAGGUUUGGCUACUAAGGAUAAAUGGUUGUGGAGAACGGGUGCUUGUGUGAUGAACAAUGUGCUCUACGUUUAUUACGCUAGGUUCGGGCUGAUGUGGUAUGACUACGAGAUGAGGCUAUGGAGAGUGGUUAGUGGUUUGAGUCAUCUCAAAAAGGUUCGGUCUGUUGCGAUGGCGGAGUAUUACGGAAAGUUGGCCUUCUUGUGGGAAGAUGAGGAGGUUGGUGUGAGUGGUGAAAUGAAAGAGGUUUGGUGUAGAAUGAUUGCUUUGGAGAGGAAAGAAGAAGGAGUUGAUGGGAUGGCUGAAGCGUCUCAACUUCUGGGGAGUGUCCUUCGUGGCUAUAGGUUUCAUCAUUGUCUCUCUGUUUCAGAUUAAAAAGAAUAAAGUAUCCCUCGUGGCUUAUAGAUAGAAUGUCCUUAUGAACUACUUUGUCAUAGUUUCAGCCUUGUAAACUAUGCACAUGUGCUUUUGUCACCCUUGACAUUCCUACUUCUAUGUUUUAAGUAGUCUGAUUGUCAUAUACAUGGACUUGUCCUCUAUAUUUUCAGCAGUAGUUCAUAUUCGAUUCUUGAGCUCUUGCUUACUAAUAAAGUGUAAUUAAGUACUUAUGAAAUUUAAGAAAAUACAAAUUUUAUGAAAUUUUAUCUUGAGUAACAUUAACUAAAAAAUGUUCAUCCAACAAAAAAAAAUACAAGAUUUUGUAAUUGGUUACAAAUUUCAAAUGACAAUAAAUUUUAUCUUGAAUAGUGAAAAUAUUAUUUAUGAAACAAAAUCAAAAUAAUUAAACACUGCUCAAAGUGAUACACAGGGAGUAAUAAGUUUGACUAGAAUAACAAUGUUGAAUAAUAAAAUAACCUAAUCACAUUUUAAAUAACGUGUGAUCUAGCCAUUAAAAUAGUUGAGUAAUAGAAUAACUCACCUCAAGUGAAUCACAUUUGUUCGAGUUUGCUAGAUGUCAAUCCAAGUCUCAGCUUCAGAAGUUUAGACAAAUAAAAUCUAAUAUAAAAAGGGUGUCCAACUCUGAUUAACAUGAAAGAUGAAACCUUUUUGAAAAAGAGUCCAAAAACCAAAAACUACACAAACCUGUGAUUCUUCAACCUUCCAGCGAAAUUGGAAUCCAUCUUGUACCGCCGUUUUUACCAACAGAACAUGCCGUUGAAGAUGUUUAGGUAGUUUGAAGAUGUCAGGGUUGUUCCAUGGAUGCAUACAUUCACAUUUGUCUGCACAAUUGCAGUUACCAGCCAAGAACUCACUAAUUUCACUGAAGAGAAAAACAUUAACAAAGAUGAUUAAAUAGAAGAAGCUUGAAUACAUCCGAUUACAUGCUUUGGUUCAUUUACUGAUGCGGUUCAAUCUGCGCAAGACGUACCUGCUUCCCACAACCAAGGCAUACGCAAGACUUAUCCGUGCUAUUGUUUUAGAUUUAACUAAAAUCACCUUGUAUUUUUUUCUAUUUCAGAUCAAGAAGAAUACCUCUGUUUUAUUUGAUUAUAGAGAUUGUUUUUUAUCCCUUGUCUUCCAGAAAGUAUUAUGGCUGGUCGUUGUAGAGGAGCUCCUACAACUCAUCAGUGGUUCAACCAAUCUCAAGCUAACACCAAAAGAUACCUUAUGUGAAAGAGAAUGAUCAUGCACUCUUAAACUAGUUUUUAGGAGUGAGUUAUACACAUUACUAUUACAUAUAUUUGACAUGCUUCAUUAAGAGUUAUGACUUAUGAACAAUUGCUCUUUUAAUACUCUCCUUGUUUGUUGAUUGCUUCCUGCUCAUCAGUCUACCAUAAGACUAAAUUUACAGAAAAUAUAUGUUACAUAGCUUAUAAGAUGGAACAAAAUUUUACAAAGAAAAAAAAAAGAAAAGAAAAGCUAAAACAACAUUUUAUGCUGGGGUUUGAAAUAUUUGCACCCCUAUAUUUACAUACACACAUAUAUGUGAAUGUUAUUGGCAUAAACAAAAAGUUUUUCUUCUUCUUUUUUUGUUUCCUUGCUUUUUUUUUUUUAGUACUUAUCUAAACAAUACAAAAUUCUUCAUCCUUUUGGUUCCUCCUCUGUCUCGCAAUGAAAGACUCGAUCUUGUACCUUAGUUCAUCAUCAGAAACAUCAGCAUGUCUCUCUGUCUCCGAUCUCUUCAACCUUCCACAAGAACUCUUCUUCGAGCCCUCGAGAUUCUCUGACCCACUCCUUUGCUUCUCUCUCUUCACAGUUAUGUCCUUCUUGUCCGUACUCUGUUUCUCUCUGUUAUCUUCAGUACUCUGUUUUGCCCUGUUCUCCAACAUGCUCUGUUUUGCUCGGCUCUGUUUCUUUUCUUCACUGCUCUGUUUUUCUCUGCUUAUAACAUCUGUAUGUAAAGUCUUCUCUCUUCUUGAGCUCUCUCGAACAAACUCGUUGUAAAAUUCAUUGCUGUUUCUCUGUGCAUCAGGUUCUUGAUUCGUAAAGAGACCGCACUUGGCGACUACGGCGAUGACUAUGGCGUUCCCCAAGAGGAAAGCAAGGUGACGGUUGAUGAGAAAACGUGAGAGGCCAGAGUCCUCGAACAUGAUGACUAGUUGGUAACAGAGCUUGGCCACUGUAACCAUAACCACAGUUAUCUCGAUCACUCGGUAAAACAAAUCCAAGAGUUUUUGAGCUCGAGGCUUCUUCACAGCAGCCUUCAUCUUUCUCGGUUUAGCCUUUUGGGUACUAGGCGAAUCCAUUUGAAGAGAGAAUGAUUAGCUUACAACAGUAGAUGUUGUAGAGCACAAAAAGAGAGAGAGAGUAGAUAUUCAGUUUAUGGUGGGGGAAAAAACAGAGGAGAGACUGACUCUGUUUCUCUCUUUGCUUCUUCUUUGUUUUUAUUUUUUAGCUUGAGAGAAUGUACCUUUGCAAUGCAAGUGUUUAUAUAGGGGUCACUGAGUGCAUUUGCUUCUU